AUGGAUGACACGCGUCCCGUCAUUGAAUAUGCCUCCACGUUAUGCUUUAGAGGAGAUAGUGUGAGGCUCUUUUUUAAUAGCUGGAGGGAGUUACAUCGGCAUCCAAAAGCAUUUUACCACGGUAGCGGAGAAGAGCUCGAGAAGGCAGCGAAAGAAAUGGCGGAGUGGCUGAAAAUCUUGGAGGAGCAAGGUCUUGGAGAUAAGAAGUUUUUUGGUGGUGAGAGUAUAAAUCUCGUAGACAUCUCAUAUGGAUUGUUGGGUUAUUGGUUUGCAGCCUUGGAAGAAGCAAAAGGUGUGGAAGUGUUGGAACCGAGCACUCUGCCUCGGUUGCACGCCUGGGCUAAGAAUUUCGUCGAACUUCCUGUGGUUAAAGAAAACAUCCCUGCCUAUGAUAAGAUGCUGGCCUAUGUGACUGGCUCCAUGAAGAGACUAGCAAAGAACUAG